GCCCCUUAUUCGGUCGCGUCAAGCGAAACCUAACAGUUGUGUGCGCGCGCUCUGGUUUUUUUUGUUUGUGCUGCGGCGACCGUUCAGCUUCCACUUAACCACAUUGACCGUUACGAACAGUUUUUCAAGUUUGUUUUUGAAAAAUUCGAAAAGUGUUUUUUGCACAAUUGUUUCAAUUGUUAGUGUUUUAAUCAAAUUCAACGCCAACAAUCACAACACCAACGAAAAUGCAAUAAAAAAUAAAAGUGCCAAAGAAACGCAGCAAACAAAAUCAAAAGCAAACGACAACAACAACAACAACAGCAUUAACAGUUAAACGGCUGUAAAAGAAGCAGCAGCACCAACAACAACAACAUCGACGACGAGAGGAAAAGUGACAGCAACAAUAACAACAAUGAACAGCAGAUGGCGCUUUGCGCCACUGGCGCUGCUCCUGAUGCUGCUGCAGGUCACGCACGCCUACAACAUCGAUCUGCCGAGCUACGUGCGCCAUCGUCACCCGAGCAACUCGAUGUUCGGCUUCAGCAUUGCACUGCAUACGCAACGAGGCAGCUACGCCAACUUCAAUUCCUUGAUCGUGGGUGCACCAAAGUACGAUACAUCGACGUAUCAGGAGCAUGUGAAGGAGGCUGGCGCCGUCUUCAAGUGCACGAUGCAGGACGAUGAUUGCCAGCUGGUCGCAUUCGAUUCGAAAGGCAACAAUCGCAAUACCAAAGGCGAAAUCAUCGAUCGCAAGUCAUAUCAAUGGCUUGGCGCAACAGUUUCUACAGGCAGACACAGUGAUUUGGUUGUGGCUUGCGCACCGCGCUAUGUCUUCCACACGAUGACGCCAUCGAGGGCGCUGCGCUAUGAUCCGGUCGGCACCUGCUUCACCUCGCACAACUUCAAGCAGUUCCAUGAGAUAUCGCCGUGUCGCACAAACCUCUGGGGAUAUCAUCGACAGGGCUCGUGUCAAGCUGGCUUCAGUGCGGCUGUCAACAGUAAUGGUUCACGUUUGUUCAUUGGCGCACCCGGCAGUUGGUACUGGCAAGGACAAACCUACUCAAUACCGCCCGAUGCCGAGUUUCCAUUUAAGCCGCCUUUUUAUCAGCCCUUCGGCACUGGAGGUCAAGCGUAUUCACAGGAUGUGACCAAGCCGGAGAAUCAAGUAUUCUCUACCGCUGAGUCGACAUCGGCUAACGAUGAUUCGUAUUUGGGUUACUCGAUGAUCACCGGUGAUUUUGAUGCCGAUCGCAGCGAAGAUGUUGCCAUUGGCAUGCCACGUGGUGCCAAUUUGUUGGGCAAGAUCGUUGUCAAUCGCUGGAACAUGGCGAACAUCUUUAACAUCACCGGUCGCCAGAUUGGCGAGUACUUUGGUUAUGCCUUGGCCACCAGCGAUGUGGAUGGCGAUGGUCUCGACGAUCUGAUCAUUGGUGCACCGAUGUACACCGAACCGGGCAACGUUGAGGGCAAGUACGAUGUGGGACGUGUCUACAUUCUGCUGCAAGGCGGCAACACACCGGCCGAACACUGGACUAGGGAACACAUUCGCGAUGGCUUCCAUACCAAGGGUCGCUUUGGUCUGGCGCUCUCCACGUUGGGUGAUGUGAAUGGCGAUGGCUACGGUGACUUUGCUGUGGGCGCACCCUAUGACGGUCCCGAGGGUCGCGGUGUCGUGUACAUCUAUCAUGGUUCAGAGACGGGUCCGCUGGCGAAACCUUCGCAAAUCAUCCGGGCCGAACAGCUGGUGGAGUCCGCUCCCUAUCCGCAUACCUUUGGCUUUUCGCUGUCCGGCGGCGUUGACAUGGACAACAACACAUACCCCGAUCUAGCUGUUGGCGCUUAUGCCUCCGAUCAGGUUUAUAUCUUCAGGUCGCGUCCCGUGGCCGCUGUCAAUGCUGAGACGCUGUUCUCGAGCACCACGAAAUUGAUCAGUUUGGAUGAGCGCACGUGUCAAUUGCAACGCGAUCACAAGUGGGUGCCCUGCAUGCCGCUCAGCACCUGUUGGAGCUAUACCGGACGUUAUCUGCCCAUGCAAUUGGACUUUGAUGUGUCCUGGCUGCUCGAUGCGAAGAAGACACGCAAUCCCCGUAUGUUCUUCCUCCGCGACGAAGGCAAAAACAUACGUAAUCAGACCAUUCGCCUUAACUAUGGCCAGCGGUAUUGCCUCAACGAGACCGUCUAUCUCAUGGAUGGUGUGCAGGACAAACUGACGCCAUUGGAAGUCGAAGCACGCUACAAUCUGCGCAGCAAUCGUCCCGCUGAAUCGCUGGUGCGACGUCGUCGCGAUGUUCUUGAGCCGGUCAUCGAUCAGAAUCGUGAGAUUGUGCUACGCGAUGCGAUCAACAUUCAGAAGAAUUGCGGUGACGACAACAUUUGUGAGCCCGAUCUGCAUGUGGAUGUCAAAACUAUCGACAAAUACUACUUUGGCUCACCGGAGCCUUUGACCCUCGAGGUCUUGAUCAAGAACAAGUAUGAGGAUGCCUUCGAAGCGGCCUUCUACAUGAUGACGCCACGCGAUCUGCAGUUCACUAAGCUGCAACAGUUGGGCGACAAAAUCGACAUGCCCAUCACCUGUUCGGCUCCCGAUGGCAACAACAACUUUACCAUCAAAUGCGACAUCGGAAAUCCGCUGCCAGGCGACCAUGUGACACACUUUGCCAUUAGCUUUGUGCCCGCCGAGAAACACACAAAGGCCAACAGCUACAACUUCUACUGGGAGGCCAACUCCACGAAUCCCGACAGGGAAAACUCCAAGCUGGAUAACUAUGGCAGCAAGAGCAUUGUGAUCGAUGUGAGGACCGAUUUAACCAUCAAGGGUACAUCGUUGCCCGACUAUCAGGUGUACAAGGCCGCUGACUACAAGACACCGGAGAAUGCCACCACCGAGGAGGAUCUCGGACCGCAAGUUGUGCACAUCUAUGAGCUGCGCAACAAUCAGAGUUCGUUCAUCAAAGGCGCCGUUGUUGAGAUUUAUUACCCAUACAAGACGCUCGCCGGCGAUCAUCUGAUGUACGUACUCGAUCAGCCCGAAACGGGGGGCAAAAUCCAUUGCGAUCACAUCGAUGCCAACGAACUGAACCUCAAGCUCAACGAGAAACAACGCAGCAAAUCGUAUCUGCAUGCCCAAGGUGCCAUCAGUAAUUCAGUGACACAGGAGAGUGAAACAAGCGGAGGACAUCUGGAGAUCUCGCAUGGUGUGCAAACCGGCAGCAAUGUGGGCGUCGCCGUGGGCAACGAGAUACAGCGCAGUCUCACCGACAGACAGAAGGAGGUGCUGGAGCGUGAGGAUGCCCAGGAUGCGGCCGGCGAUGCUUCGUAUGUGCACUUGGAUCGCGCCAAUCAAGCGGACGUCGAACAGGACGCAAACAACAACAUUAAUCGCACAAGUGCCACUUUCACCCACACAAGCUUCGGUGGUGGUGCACCCAGCGCUGAGUUGAUGGGACACAGCACACAUGGACACAUUCAGAUGGCUUCGCCACAAGUGUACACCAGCUCUAGGUCGAGCAGUUCCAGUUCCAACUACCAGAUGCCUCCACAGCAGCAGCAGCAACAGCAGCAGCAGAAGAUCUACUUGGCUGGCGGUGGCGGAGGUUAUGGCGGUGCGUUGGACAAAUCCAUUUAUGGCGGACGCAAUGGCAACUUCCGUACAGGCGGACUCGAUAUGGGCAUCAAUAGGGGCAACGUGGACAACGAGCUGCACAACAGCCACAACGUGCAGUACGCUCAACAGCAGCAACAGCAACAGCAACAACAGCCGGUGGUGCAUCAUCGUGUCACCUACAGCUCGAGUGGCAACAGACCGUAUUUCGGACGUGAGAACGAGGGCAUUUACGAUGGCAACAAUCAGCAGCAGAAUGCUCAGGACUGGAGCACGAGCUCAAGCUCAAGUUCGAGUUCGUCGCAUCGCUUUAGACGCGAACUUCCAACGCCAGAGGAACUGCGUCUGGAUGAAUCGAACAAUACGGCACCGUGUCAGGGCAUCAAUUGUCGUGUACUGCGUUGUUAUGUGGAGAAUCUCGGCUAUGAGGAUGCGGAUGCUGCUUUUGUGGCCAUUCGCGCUCGUAUGGUGGCCAAGACCAUGGAGAAGGUGGCCUUCAAUGCGCCACUGAAUGUGUCCACACAGGCCAUUGCCAAGGUCACGCAAUUGCCGUUCAUCGGUCAGCCCAAGCUGGAGAUUAAGAAGUCCCACGAGAUCUUCUACAAGGCGCAACCGGAACCGUUGCAGGUGCCGGAUGUGGUGCCACUUUGGGCUGUCGUAUUGUCCGCCUGUGCGGGCGCACUCAUCUUCCUGCUGCUCGUGCUGCUACUCUACAAAUGCGGCUUCUUCAAGCGCAAUCGGCCCACGGAUCAUUCGCAGGAGCGUCAACCGUUGCGCAACGGUUACCAUGGCGAUGAGCAUCUGUAAAGCGCUUACGUUACGUAACGGCUGACAUGCCCGAGUUACGUAGCGGCCAACACCCGCCUAACAUGAAUACGAACAAUUCUAACAUCGCACUAAAAACAAUGUACUAAAAAACAUGAAACGGUUCUAAAACAAUUUCACCUACUAAACAAACCCAAUCAACCAACGAACGCUUAGCCAAGUUUCAAACCCAUGCGCGCGCGCCUUUUCAAAAAGCGCGCUACGACAAGCUAAACAAAGAAUUAUUUGAAUGAAUGAAAAAAAAAGAGAAAUCAAAAACAAUAGGAAUCGAUGUUGCGAUGAGUUUUUUAGUUUUUUUUUUUUUUUACAAAGAAAGAAAAACACGUAAAACUUGCCUAGUCACGAAAUUAAGAACUUUCGAAAGCGAAAAGGUUUAUUUCAUUUUUGUUUAUGUUCUUUUAUAUAAUUAUGAUUACAAUUUUUGUUCGAUGGAACUUGCAAAUUUGAUUGAGCAGUUACAAGUGCUAUAUUAAUCUGUACUAAAGAAGUUAACUAUGCUAAGUUGUUGUGAAUGCGAGUGCAAAUGAGUGUGUGUGAAUGAUUGAAUGCAUGAAUCGAAUGCCUGCUUGUGUGUUAGUUAAUAUACAUACAUAUAUAAUUGAAAACGAGAGACCACAAAACAAACAAAAUAAUUAUGAAAUGAAAUGAUGAUAAUAAUAGAAAUCAAUUAUUAUUUUUAAACACGAAUCUAUGCUGCCCGCAGAGAAGCUUUCAAUGGAGGUGUCGUCUUUACUGCCACGCCCAUGGGCGCCAGCGGCCCAAAGGUAGCAUACAAAUAUAUAGCAUAAAGCAAAUAAUAGGUGCUACUUUAGGAUGUUUUUUUUUCUAUAUCAUUAAUAACUUACCUAAUUAUUAUGAUUAUUGAGCAUGUUCGAUUUUUUUUCUUUUUAAUUUUGUUUAUUAUUUUUGAUUUCUUUGAAAUUGUUUGACAAACUCAAAGUUUGCCAAGUUGCAACGCCAAAAUGUGUUAAUGCAAAACUAUUAAUUAAUACAAUGUGUAAUUUUUUUUCGUAAUUGUAAAACUAUUUGUGUAUAUACUAAAAAAAAACAAACCAACAAAAAAACAUAUAUAAAAACAAUUAAGGCGUUUAUUACAAUUAAUAUGCAUUUAUUUCCAAACUACACCGCAAGAAGCGCAGACCGACUUCUUUUGGUGUACUCUCGAAAUAAAUUAUGGGUAGAAAAUGUAGCCAUGAACCCAUUGUCGUCUCUACCUAUUAUUUAAACACAAC